UAAUUGGAUAGGUUCACGUGUUGGGUGUGAGUAUGUAGGGGUUUGUGACUGCAGUCCGAUCCGAACGACUGUACCGUGUUUUACUGAGCGCGCAGUGGCGCGGUGAGGAUUGGAUCCUCCAUGCUUUACAUUGCCGGGAGGAUACUGGGAGGAUGAAGGCGUUGUUGUGUUCAGGCAAACAGCACAUGCAGCCGGCGAUUUCUGCCGGUCAGACCAAGACUCUGAUGAUGAUCUAUGAAUAAUCAGAAAUCAGAAAUAUCGCACUUGACUCAUUUCUGGCGCUGUGGACGAAUCAGGAUUGGACCUCAGUCUUUAAAAUGAACACACACACACACACACACGCACACACACACACACACGCUUUCUGUGUUGGGACUGUGAAUGACAAGCGGAACGAGAGCGGAAUUUCAAUGAUCGCGUUUCUUGCUUUAAUGCGGAAUUUGUGCAACUUUGCCGGCGGUUUGUGUUGAUCUGUUAGCGUGUGUUUGAGAAAGACGCUCAGCAGUAUGGAAAGCAGUAUGGCACGGAUUAGCUUUAUUUAACGCCGCUGGUCAUUGAAACAGUGUGUCCUGAUGAUCUAAUGUAUAAAGGGAAUAAAACUGUUAGGUUUAGGUUUGUUUAUGUAGGCUAAUCGAGUUCGUUAUCCUGAUAAACACGUCAGGAAUGUCCGCCAGUGUGUGAUACAUGACUGAAGGGAAGUUAGCACAACUCUGUCAUGUCUUUAUUAUUAUUAGUAUUAUUAUUAUUAUUAUUAUUAAUAGUAUUAUUAUUUUGACUGUCCAGGAUGGCGGAUGUAGCUGAUGUCUAUUAAGACGAGCGUGGUUUUGAACGCGUCUUCUGAACUUGCUCGGAUUUCGCCUCUUGUCGAUGAUCAUUUCAAGCUGUAAAUCGCUGUGGAAAUCGAUCUGGGUGGGACGAGAUGAUGUGGUAGUUUGAGACCUUUUUCCAAGGGUCAAGAGCGAGUCAUAAAAUUGGAUCCGAUUUCUUUACAAUCCGGUUUAAAUGUGAAGACUGAGCCGAUUCGGGGUCUCUAUAGUGCCAGAGAGCUAUCGGCUAAGUGUGAACACGGCCACAUUUCUUCCCGAUUACAGACCAAAGGACUUUUAAAAUCUCAACAAGAAACAUUUAACGACUCUGUGUCUUUUAAAGUGCACACACUUUGCGGGGCAUCGCACACAGCAUACAGGCAACACGCACAAGACCUGGAUCGCACUUUAACACGGUGUAAAGGGUGACAAAGGCUCCCCUACGAUCUUGGACAUUUAUCUGGGACUUGAAAACCAGGCUGCAGGAAUUUGUUGUGUGUUCAGUCCUAUGAGAGGGGUUUUGUUUCCUAGACCUGUACCGUCGACGGAAACCCUGACGCGCCGCCUGUCCGCGCGCUGAACCGGAGCCGAAGUGGAGCUGUCCACCACCACGGGUCCUGACGCAGAGAGCUUCACCCGUUACUAACAACACACACACACACACACACACACACACACAUCCAGUCCAACGGUUUGCCGAGACUGCCAAACGGAGUGUGCCAGCUCACAAGUCAAUGCCAUGCACUCCCUGGCUAACACCGGCUGUCCCAGUAGAGGUCUCUCAGCCUCCUGAACGCCCCCUCUCUUAAUCGCAGAGGAUGCUGGGAAUGUGUCGUGGGCGCAGGAAGUUCCUGGCUGCCUCCUUCGUCUUGCUCUUUAUCCCAGCCCUCACAUGGCUCUAUCUGUCUGCUAGCAACUUCACAGAUUUGAAGCCGCUGCCUCUGUCUCCACUGGAGCCUCAGUCCUAUACGCUCGCCCUGGAACUCCGGGUACGGGAAGUGGAAGAGGAAAACCGAGCACUCAGGAAAGAGCUGAGUCAGCCACCCAGGAGCCCCACCCAUGGCAACCAGUAUGGCAAUGGACGUCAUGGCAACCAGUCCCACGCUGGCAGAGAGGGUUUGAGGCAUGCAGAGGCUCAUAGAGGCAUCACACUAGGAAAUAGUUCUGACUGUGUGUCUCAGCCUGUGGUAGACAAGUGUGAGACAAUUCAUAUGGCCAUAGUUUGUGCUGGGUAUAAUGCCAGUAGAGACGUGGUGACACUGGUGAAGUCUGUCCUGUUCCACAGACGGAACCCGCUCCACUUCCACUUCAUUACCGACUCCAUCGCCCAGCAAAUCCUGGCCUCCCUCUUCCACACCUGGAUGGUGCCGGCUGUCCAAGUGGACUUUUAUGAUGCUGAUGAAUUGAAGUCUGAGGUGUCGUGGAUUCCCAACAAGCAUUACUCUGGGAUCUACGGCCUGAUGAAGCUGGUUCUGACCAAGACGCUGCCAUCAGACCUGCAGAAAGUCAUCGUUCUAGAUACCGACAUCACCUUUGCCACAGACAUCGCUGAGCUGUGGGCUGUCUUUCACAAAUUCAAAGGUCAGCAGGUGCUUGGGCUGGUAGAGAAUCAGAGUGACUGGUAUUUAGGGAACCUUUGGAAGAACCAUCGACCAUGGCCAGCUCUAGGCAGAGGCUUCAACACUGGUGUGAUUCUCUUGUUGUUGGAUCGUUUGAGGAAGCUCAGAUGGGAGCAGAUGUGGAGACUGACAGCAGAGAGGGAGCUGAUGAGCAUGCUGUCUACAUCGCUAGCAGAUCAGGAUAUCUUCAAUGCUGUGAUCAAACAAAACCCUUUCCUGGUGCACCAGCUGCCCUGCUUCUGGAAUGUUCAGCUAUCUGAUCAUACACGCUCUGAGAAGUGCUACAGAGAUGUGUCUGACCUCAAGGUGAUCCACUGGAACUCUCCUAAGAAGCUGCGGGUGAAGAACAAGCAUGUGGAGUUUUUCAGGAACCUUUAUCUGACCUUCCUUGAGUACGAUGGCAACCUGCUGAGGAGGGAGCUCUUUGGCUGUCCAAGUGAAACUGACCACAAUAGUGAGAAUCUCCAGAAGACUUUACUGGAGCUUGAUGAAGAUGAUCCAUGUUACGAGUUCCGGAGAGAGCGUUUCACUGUGCAUCGCACACACCUGUACUUCCUGCACUACGAGUACGAGCCCAGUGCUGACCAGACUGAUGUUACGCUCGUGGCCCAGCUCUCCAUGGACAGGCUGCAGAUGCUUGAGGCCAUCUGUAAACACUGGGAAGGACCAAUCAGUCUGGCUCUCUACCUGUCUGAUGCUGAGGCACAGCAAUUCCUGCGCUAUGCUCAGGGUUCUGAGGUGCUUAUGAGCAGAAGCAAUGUGGGAUACCAUAUCGUCUACAAAGAGGGCCAAUUCUACCCCGUCAACCUGCUGCGCAAUGUUGCCAUGAAACAAGUCAACACACCCUACAUGUUCCUGUCUGACAUUGACUUCCUGCCCAUGUAUGGACUCUAUGAAUACCUCAGGAAAUCUGUAGUACAGCUUGACAUGGCGCACACUAAAAAGGCUCUGGUAGUGCCAGCAUUUGAAACACUGCGUUACCGGCUGUCAUUUCCUAAAUCCAAGGCUGAGCUUCUGUCCCAGCUGGAUAUGGGCACUCUCUUCACCUUCAGAUAUCAUGUAUGGACAAAAGGCCACGCUCCAACCAACUUUGCAAAAUGGCGGACAGCCACAACGCCGUACAGAGUGCAGUGGGAGGCUGACUUUGAGCCUUAUGUGAUGGUGAGAAGGGACAGUCCAGAAUAUGACCGCAGAUUUGUGGGAUUCGGCUGGAACAAAGUGGCUCACAUUAUGGAGCUUGAUGCACAGGAAUUCGAGUUUGUGGUUCUACCCAAUGCUUACAUGAUCCACAUGCCUCAUGCGCCAAGCUUUGACAUCACCAAGUUCCGCUCAAAUGAGCAGUACCGUGUUUGCCUCAAGACGCUUAAAGAGGAGUUUCAGCAAAACAUGUCCCGCCGCUAUGGAUUCGCCGCGCUUAAAUACAUGACUGCAGAAAAUAACAGCUAGCACCUCUGCCAUACUGAAAUUCUGCAUGUGAGAUGGACAGAACUGCUUUAGAGUAACAUAAAAUAAUGGCAGAAAUGGACAGUAGUAAGUGAUGGACUCUUAAAAAUCUUCAAAACACAGAGCGGCUGGUACGCUCAUAAAAAAGGGACUUUAGACAGACAAGUAAAUUAAUUUUAUGUCCAUAACUCCCUACAGAACUCUGGCAAGAUGGAUGUUUAUUCCAGUACCUAAUUUCAAACUGCAAAUUUAAACCUUUGAAAUGUAUAUUUUUUUUCUAGGGUCUUCCUAUUUUUGCCUCAGCACGAAUUAUGGUAACAAAAAACUUCAAAAACUGUUUUGUUUUGUUUUACUUUUAGGGAGUCAUCUUUUAGAUUGUUUUGAAUACAGUAAUGCUUUCAAAAUUUCACUUUAAUAGAUAAAUAAAUAUUUUCCAAGGUAUUAAAAAAUACAAUUAUAUACAAUUAUAUGAACUAGAAAGGAAUAGGUAAAAAGUUAUAAGUUCCAUAUAUUAGCUAUGUUUAUUAAAGCUGAAAAGUAAAGUGUAAAAGAAAAGGCCCAAAUAUACAGUUAUAGAUUCAACAUCCCAAUUUCCAAGAGAUCGAAAUACAUUACAUCAAAGACAGCAAAGGUCUUAAAGGAAAUUUAGAUUGAAACCAAAAUGGAAAAUUCAUUACUUCAUUGAAAAAUGUCACUGAAGAAAGUUAACCACAAAAUAAAGCCAGUGUUCAUACAUGCAACAAACAGGACAGAAACAGACAAAUAUUUCUAUUCCUUUUGAUAGUUAAGGUUAUUCAAGAUAAUCAAAUCUUUUCUCCAUAAUAUCAUGUUGUACUGUUGUAUACUAUGAUGAAAACAAUGUUAUGGCAAUAGUGAAGAGCUGCAAGCGGUUCUUCUGAGUCAGUGAAAUCCCCAGAACAAUGUUGUUAAAAUGAAUAUGUCUAUUUUGAUAAUAAAAUAAUCUUAAUAAUUUGUUUUUAUGCACUUGAUCUGAUGGUGAUACAAUAAUGUAAGUUGAUCCACAGCUAUACUUCUUUAUGUACUGACCGUAUGAAUCUGAGUCAUAUUGCAAUUAAGACAGUGGUCUGUGGUUUAAGUGACUGACACAAAAUGGGAAACUCAUUGACUACCUGUCUUUCUUUGAACAAACUAAACACAGUGGGGAAAAACUACUACCUCAAAUCUCAACCUCUGAAUUUCAAUCAACGCUUAUGUCACAGUGCAUAACUCUGUAAACUGUAAAGAAAACACGUACAUCCCUUUUAUUGUAAAUGCCUUUUAUAACAGGCAUAGUUGAAGAGAGCUAUUCUGUACAUGGGCUUAAUGACUAAUAUUUUACCACUGUGACUUUAAAUAUAAAGGACUUUAUAUUUUGUGUCAUCUAAUAAGGUCAGGGGCUAUGGGUUUGAACAGUGAAAAGUGAAAGCUAAAUGACAGUAUGUAUUUAAUUAUAAAGCACAAUUCAUGGAGUGUUGUGUCUUCCAUAUUGGUUCUUGGGUUGGCAGAAUAUGUUGGAAAAUGCUUUUCCAUUCUUAGAAUGGAAAAUUUCCAGGCCAAGAGGUUGUCAACUUAAAACAGGAGAAGAAUAACACCCAUCUAGCUUGAGAAGGUAUGAGACAUUUUGCUGAUUUCAAAUCCUCUAUGUUUUUAUGAUGGUGUCACUCUUGUAAAGGUAGCUUGAUGGUCAACAGUUGCAGGUUGCAAGUGUCAUAGUUCCUCUCUUUCUGCAUGUUUUUUUUCCCCGAAAUGAGUGCAAUGGAAUGCAUCUUUACUGAAGAGCCAUAAUGUUGAUAUAGAAUAGCCACCACCACUUCUUAUACGUAGACUACAUAGGGGCAUCUACAUAGACUAUAAUGAUUAAGUUUGGGUUAGGAUGUUUUAUAAUGUAUGCCAUAGUGAACCACAUCUCUGGACAUAUGGUUUUGCGUGGUUCUCCAGAGAAUUGGAAUAUAUCAGGUCUAUAUUGGUCAAUAUAUUGGUCUAUAUAGGCUGUAAUGAAUUUACCUAGCAUGUCCUGGAGAACAUAAUUUGCAAUUGCCUUGAACACUGAGGGGGCAUUGACCAAGCCUCGUGCCAUUAUCAAAUAGUCACAGUGGCCAGAAGUGAUAAUGAAUGCUGUCUUCUUCUCUGAUCCUGAUAAGAUUAUAUGCACUAUGGAACAGCAGAUCUGAGCUGAGGGCAUAGGAGAGAGUGAAUAAUGAUACUUGACUGUGA